AUGAUGAUAAACCCAAUAUAUGAGCACAUAGGAUACACAACCUUAAACAGAGAGCCAGCAUACCAAAAACAUAUGCCAGUCCUGAAAGAGACACAUGAUGAUAAAGAUUCUACAGGCCAGCAUGGGGUGUCAGAAAAAAGGUUGACAUCACUUGUUAGAAGAGCAACUCUGAAAGAAAACGAGCAAAUUCCAAAAUAUGAAAAGGUUCACAAUGUCAAGGUCCACACGUUCAGAGGUCCACACUGGUGUGAGUACUGUGCCAACUUCAUGUGGGGUCUCAUUGCUCAGGGAGUGAAAUGUGCAGAUUGUUGUUUGAAUGUUCAUAAGCAGUGUUCCAAGAUGGUCCCAAAUGACUGUAAUCCAGACUUGAAACAUGUCAAGAAGGGGUAUAGCUAUGACCUCAUAACACUUGUGAAAGCCCACAUCACCAAGCGGCCGAUGGUGGUGGACAUGUGCAUCAGGGAAAUUGAAUCUAGAGGUCUUAACUCUGAAGGACUGUACAGAGAUGGAGAGAAGGCAGAUAUUUCUGUGAACGUAUAUGAAGAUAUCAACAUCAUCAGGGGUGCAUUGAAACUCUACUUCAGGGACUUACCGAUUCCACUCAUCUCGUAUGACACCUACCCCAAGUUCAUAGAGUCCGCCAAAAUUAUGGAUCCUGAUGAGCAAUUAGAAACCCUUCAUGAGGCACUGAAACUGCUGCUGCCUGCUUACUGUGAGACCCUCUGGUACCUCAUGGUGUAUCUGAAGAGAGUGACCCUCCAUGAAAAGGAGAACCUUAUGAAUGCAGAAAACCUUGGGAUUUUUUUCGGCCUCACCCUAUGA